GGUGGCGCUCGCGCAGUCUAUUUUGAAGGCAGGCGAUUGGAGCACAGCGCGGGGGUGAGGACGCCCGCCGUCAGCAUACACGCUGCCCUACUCAACCAUUAACCUGUCAAUUCAACGCAUAGCAAGCUUUUUUGAGCACAAAAUCGAGGUGAAUAUCCAGGACGCUCUUGCUCGCCGAAUUGAGGACGAUUUUUAAUUCUUAAAGAAGUGUGUCCGAGUCCGAGACGGGAAGACAUGGCCACGACUACAUGUACGCGCUUCACGGACGAAUAUCAGCUGUACGAGGAGCUGGGCAAGGGAGCGUUUUCAGUGGUGCGACGAUGUGUGAAGUUGAGCACGGGCCAAGAAUACGCCGCCAAAAUCAUCAACACCAAAAAACUCUCCGCAAGAGACCAUCAGAAGCUGGAACGAGAAGCUCGAAUCUGUCGUUUGCUGAAACACCCCAAUAUCGUUCGUCUGCAUGACAGUAUAUCAGAGGAGGGCUUCCACUACCUGCUGUUUGAUUUGGUGACUGGAGGUGAACUGUUUGAAGACAUUGUAGCCAGAGAGUACUACAGCGAAGCAGAUGCCAGUCACUGUAUCCAUCAGAUUCUAGACAGUGUCCAUCAUAUUCACCAACAUGACAUAGUGCACAGGGACCUGAAGCCAGAGAAUCUGCUCUUGGCCAGUAAGUGCAAGAACGCCGCUGUGAAACUGGCCGACUUUGGACUGGCCAUUGAGGUGCAGGGAGACCAGCAGGCAUGGUUUGGAUUUGCAGGGACACCAGGUUACCUGUCCCCCGAGGUGCUGAGGAAGGAAGCAUAUGGCAAACCCGUGGACAUCUGGGCUUGCGGUGUGAUUCUGUACAUUCUUCUGGUUGGAUAUCCACCUUUCUGGGAUGAGGAUCAGCAUAAACUUUACCAACAGAUCAAAGCAGGAGCUUAUGAUUUUCCAUCUCCAGAAUGGGACACGGUUACUCCUGAAGCCAAAAAUCUCAUCAAUCAAAUGCUAACCAUAAACCCUUCCAAGAGAAUCACAGCACAGGAAGCUCUCAAACACCCAUGGGUCUGCCAACGCUCUACUGUGGCCUCCAUGAUGCACAGACAAGAGACUGUGGAAUGCCUGAAGAAGUUCAACGCCAGAAGGAAACUCAAGGGGGCCAUCCUCACCACCAUGCUGGUGUCACGGAACUUCUCUGUGGGUAGCAGGCAGACCACGGCUCCCGCCUCGGUCACUGCGGCUGCGGCUGCAGUAGCCGCGGCUGCAGGCACCACAGCAGGGCUGGUGGAACAAGCAGCCAAGAGCUUGUUGAACAAAAAAGCGGACGUUAAGAAGCGGAAGUCGAGCUCUACCAUUCAGUACAUGCCCCAGACAAACAGCACCAAAAACAGCAUAGUCACCAGUCCCAAAGGAAACCUCCCCUCUCCUGCACUGGAGGCACAGACCACUGUCAUCCAUAAUGUAGUGGAUGGGAUUAAGGAGUCAUCGGACAGCAGUAAUGCCACGGUGGAGGACGAGGAAAUGAAAGGAAAGCUUGUAGAUAACAGUUCAGUUCAGUCAAACCCCAGCAGCCAGCCUGACUCCGCCCACACACCUCCAGGCCCCUCCCCCGCUCUCUUCACUGCCACUAAGUUCACUGAUCUAUUGGGUGUGGUACGUCGGGGCUCGGUGCCCACAUCUGAUGUUGAGGGUGGAAGCACUAUCACUCCAGCUGUUGUUUCUGCCCCCUCCACUCCUCAGAUCCCCAGCCCCAGCAUUCCCAUACAGAUGUCACGUUUGACUGACCUAGUGAGCAGUGUGCGCAGACCUACAGCCCCUCAAACAGACAGUGAGCCUUCAGCAGCCAGCAGAGCCCUUACUGCCCCAGUAUCUGCCCCGUCACACCCCUCCCCUUCCCCUGCCCAACCGUCCUCCAGCCCCCUGCCGUCAGCACAUUCACGCAAACAGGAGAUCAUCAAAAUCACGGAGCAGCUUAUUGAGGCCAUCAACAAUGGCGACUUCGAAGCCUAUGCUAAAAUCUGCGACCCUGGACUCACCUGCUUUGAACCUGAGGCCUUGGGAAACCUGGUGGAGGGGAUGGACUUCCACAGAUUUUACUUUGAGAACUUGCUGUCUAAGAACAGUAAGCCCAUCCACACCACCAUCCUCAACCCUCACGUGCACCUGAUUGGAGAGGAGGCCGCCUGCAUCGCCUACAUCCGCCUCACGCAAUAUGUGGAUGGGCAGGGCCGGCCGCGCAGCAGCCAAUCAGAAGAGACGAGGGUGUGGCAUCGUCGCGACUCCAAAUGGCAGAAUGUGCAUUUCCACUGUUCGGGAGCUCCUGCCGCCCCUCUACAGUGAAGGUUGAGCACAUUGUAGCCACAUCUAUCAAGAGCGCCCAGCCACAAAUGGAGAGUGCAAGAGUGAAAGAGAGAGAGUGAGGGAGGGGGGAAGUUGGAGAGCGGGAGGAAGGAAAGAGAGCCCAGUGAUGGGUGGCUGUGAGUCUGCAGCGCCUGACCCUCCCACACUGGGCCCCGCCCCCUCACCUGUCAAUCACCUCACCUGCCAAUCACUUUUGUGCAUCAUCUUUUGUCUUGCCUUCAACUUUACCCCCUCUCUCCAUCCCUCCCAGACACGUCCCUGUAUCUUUACACCCGUGCAGAGACUCUUUGUUGUGCACAUGUGCUGUGUGGAUUUGGACAGUCUUUGAUUAGUACGGAUAAUAAGGCCUCAGCAAGUCGUCUGUGAAAAGCCAUGCUUUCCGUCACACCUUCCCAGUGUGAAUAAUGUUACACUGAUUCGCCGUCCUCACUUACAGUGUGUAGAUUUUCAAGAUUAUUGUUGUUAUUAUUAUUAUGAUUAAUAUUGUUCUUACUGUUGUUAUUAGUAUUAAAUACAAAGGCAAUUGUACGUGUUACUUACACAAUUCACGUUCUGGAUGCCAAUGAUUUGUAAUUUAUGCCUUUUGUUUUUCUCUAAACAUUUUUCGGAGAGCAUGAAUUUUUCUGUAUUUCCAAAGCGGCCUCAGUGAUGUAGAGAAAUAAUGGCCGCUGUUCAUGUACAGGCUUCUCAAUGUGAUUCACAUCCAACCGACGCGUCUGUCCAUGUGUUUAAACGUUAGUGGACGUAUGUUGGUAUGUGUGACUGUUUUGGGGCAGAUUCUACCAGAGCCUGAGUAAGAACGACGAUGUGACAUUCGGGGUCUUCCAGCUUUAAUCGUUAGUUCUCGCAUCAUUAGUGCAGAUUGGGAAAAACCCAAUUUUCUGUCAGUUGGCGAACUUUGUAUUGGAUGAACAACUCCUUGUUCUGGAAAGCCACAACUGUUCUUUAUAUGCGACACCAAUUGCAACGUUAAUAUUAGAUAUUAGUGUUGCGCUUUUUUUUUUUUUUUUUUUCGUUACUUCCUCUGUUGUACCAAUGGUUUUUGGAAAGUGCCCAUACAUUUGGACUGACUGAAUCAAACUAAAAUCUAUACCUGAUCUGAACAAACAGUAGGUUUACCAGAUGACCUCCUCAUUGAUGCAUUUUCUCAGAGUAUGGAAAGAUGUGGACAUCCAGUGACAUUAGAGGAGUUUG